AUGUCCGAGAAGGCUGGUUAUUACGGAGAAAGAAUUGAGCAGCGUAGGAUGUCGCCAAUGGAUAAACGCUUCCAAGAACUCCAAGAUCAGAUGGAAGGAAUUAUUACCCAACUAAAGGAACUAAAUAAAGAUCAACAUGUUCGAGGGCCAUACCUACGACGUGAUGUUCACCAACCGGUUCUACCUCAUCGUGAUAAGGAAGUUUAUGGUAAUGUAAGAUAUGGUGUGACUGCUGCAACACCAAGAGAUGUUUAUUUGCGGCGAGGGGCUCAGUUCGAUCGACCAAGACGAGGUCAUUCCGAUGAUUACGAGCGAGAGUUAGAUGAUUAUCCUAGAUCAAGUAAGUACUCAGUUCAUUCAUCCUAUGCUACUGAGUUAAAAGAAAGGAGAUUGCCGAGUCGAAAAUCACGGUGGAGCUCUUCAUCAAACCGAGAUAUGGAAUCAAUACCGAGAGAGGCCACGUUCGAUCCUCCAUAUGAGACUAAAGAAAGAGAUUGUUUGGAUAACCCAUUCAUGAAUUUGCGGUCGGACUACGAGAAAUUGAAGAGAAAUGGUGAUUCUUUCUCGUCACUUGGAAAGGAAGAUACUCGUCAAGCAUUUGAGAAUCAGAACAUUGUAGCCGAUUUAGCAAGUGAUAAACCGCUGAUUGAGGAAAAGUUAAAUGAGGAUGUUGAGCCAUGCAUCGAAGUUAAUGCAGAGCUGACCAAAGUGCACACUCUCAGUGUGAAUGUUGAUGAGAUGGCGGUGCAUAGAGAGAUGCUUCAUCCAUUCUCUAUACAGAGGUUGGACGCAUUGGGAAUUCGAGCUAAAAAAUAUCCAUGUUCGUACACAUUUCAAUGGCUGCAAGACGACAUGAAUAACCAUCGUGAAGGCGCAUUCCUACCACCUCUCUUGGGUGAAUUGAACUACUCUGAUUGGAAAAUAAGGAUGAAGAUGUUCAUCAAAUCUAUCGAUGAAUGGGCCUGGCGCGCGAUUCUAAUUGGUUGGACACCUCCUACCUCAAUGAAUGAGUCACACGAGAUCAUUCAAACCCCAAAAGAGAAGUGGAGUGAUGAAGAAGUACGAAUCGCAGAUUAUAAUUCCAAGGCAACCAAUGCUAUCUUGAGUUGUAUCGAUGAAGACCAAUUCAAAUUGAUAUCAAUGUGCAAAUCAGCAAAGGAGGCAUGGGAUGUUCUACAAGAGGCCUACGAAGGAACUACUCAGAUAAAUGAGUGCAAACAGACUGUCGCUGAAACUGUUGCAACAGUUGAACAGACUGUUAAGACAGAACUUAGGUAUGAUAAGUUACAUUCAAUAUCCGAUAAAAUAUUAACUCCGUUAAAUCUUGCAGGUGAUGAUUGGGAUUCAGAAAACAACAGCGAUGAUGACGUGUCAUCCUUGGAAGAAUUAAAGGAGUGCUAUGAAAGGAUGUACGAAAAAUUUCUUCAGGUAUGCGAGUCGAAUAAAUUCUUAGAAAAAGAGAAGCUUGUCCUAAUUGAGGAAAACAAAGUAUUGAAGGUAAGAAUUUCUACUCUUGAACAAAAUGUUAUUUCUGCUAGUAGAGAAACAGAUAGUUUGAAGGCCAAAUUUGCUAAAACCCAAGAUUCUAUUUCAAAAUUAAAUACAGUUGUGCCGGAUAUUGAUCCCGAUUUAAUGUCGUAUUUUGAGCUGCUAGAUAUGGUUAAAGAACUUGGAUAUCCCAUAACUUCUGUGUUAUGGUAUAUAUACACCAACGCCCCGGCCGCUUUCAUGGAUCUAAUGAACCGAAUCUUCCGGAAGUACCUCGACCAAUUUGUAAUGGUCUUCAUCGACGACAUCAUAAUCUACUCCCGAAAUGAUGAAGAACACGAAGAACAUUUGAGAAUCGUGCUCCAAACCCUCCGAGAAAACCAACUUUGCGCAAAGUUCUCCAAAUGUGAAUUUUGGUUACGCCAAGUGCACUUCCUUGGGCACGUGAUCUCAUAAUAAGGAAUACCGGUUGAUCCAAGCAAGAUCGAAGCCGUUUGCAAUUGGUUGACUCCCCGAAAUGUUGGAGAAAUUCGAAGCUUCCUCGGUCUCGCGGGUUACUAUCGACGAUUCGUUCCGAACUUCUCCAAAAUUGCUUCUCCACUCACUCGAUUGACCCGAAAAGAAGCCAAGUACCAAUGGACUGCCGAAUGUGAGUCUAGCUUCCAAGAGCUCAAGAGUCGAUCAACUUCCGCCCCGAUUCUCGCCUUACCCGACAAAACCGGAAACUACGUAGUCUAUAGCGAUGCUUCCAAGCAUGGACUAGGAGCCGUCUUGAUGCAAAAUGGGAACGUAAUUGCAUAUGCCUCUCGUCAAUUGAAAGACUACGAGAAGAACUACCCGACGCACGACUUGGAACUUGCCGCCGUAGUUUUCGCCCUCAAAAUUUGGAGGCACUAUUAA